GUGAGAGAGAGAGCCAGCCCGAGAGCACGCUUGUGGGAACAGCUCUUUUCAAACCGAUUAUAACCAGAAGGGAGAGGGAGGAAGACAGAUUAAACAGACUGAACACAACUGUAGUUUUAAUCCUCUGAGCGGAUAGAUUUAGGGGAGAGAAAAAAAACUACUGGUUUGGCGAAGAGCAGCCAUAUUGCAUGGACCAUUCGGGGAAUAACAGGUCUCGUUUGAGCAGGAAUUCGCCGAUCUUAGAGUUUGGGAGAGCACAUCCAGACGACCUCACGACUGCGGGAUCCGCUGCCCAGCCGGGCUUGAUACUUUUACAGAACAAAUCCUAAUUCAACUAGAGUUUUUUUUUCUUCAUAUUUGCUAUUUAUUUUAUUGUUAGAUAGUGUCAACGAUCAUAUUUUAAGAUGAAGGACCGAUUGGAACAACUAAAAGCGACAUGCGAUCAUGAUGAUGAUGAUGUCGAACUUGCCGUGGACAACCCUGCUUUCAUGGACGAGUUCUUCACCCAGAUUGAAGACAUCAGGAACAGCAUUGAUAAGAUUGAUGAGAAUGUGGCCGAAGUGAAGAAACUUUACUCAGUUAUUCUGUCUGCCCCAACAUCAGACCAGAAAACCCAGGAUGAUUUGGAGGCACUAACUAAUGAAAUCAAGAAAAUGGCCAACAAUGCUCGGAACAAACUGAAGACCAUUGAAAGAAAUCUUGAGACUGAAGAAAUGGAAAGAGUAUCAGCUGACAUGAGAAUACGCAAAUCACAGCAUGCUGUUCUUUCAAGGAAGUUUGUUGAUGUGAUGACCAAAUACAAUGAAGCUCAGGUGGACUUCAGAGAGAAAAGCAAAGGUCGCAUUCAGAGACAAUUAGAGAUCACUGGUAAAGCCACAACUGAUGAAGAGCUGGAGGAGAUGCUGGAGGGAGGGAACGCUGCCGUUUUCACAGCAGGGAUUGUGGAUUCAGGGAUCUCUAAACAAGCGUUGAGUGAGAUUGAAGCACGUCACAAAGACAUUGUCCGUCUGGAGAGCAGCAUAAAGGAGCUGCAUGACAUGUUUGUGGACAUCGCCAUGCUGGUGGAGAGCCAGGGGAACAUGGUUGAUAACAUUGAGGUGAAUGUGGGCAAAGCAGUUGAUCACAUUGAAGCAGCUAAGACUGAAACCAAGAAAGCAGUCAGGUAUCAGAGCAAAGCCCGGAAGAAAACAAUUAUUAUAGUGUCUGUGGUUUUGGUGAUUUUGGCAAUUAUUGCUUUGAUAGUGGGUUUAUCUGUAGGUCUAAGAAGUUGAUCAUACUGGGUGUGAUUGGUGUCAUUGUACUCGUCAUCAUCAUUAUUAUCAUCAUCACGCAGGUUAUAUAAGAUAAUAACCUCUCCAUCAGCACUCCAUCUCCUCUGUGACUACACACAAACUCUCCAUUAUUACGAUUUAUCAUCUUCCUCUGUCUUUGGCAUCCUCCUCCUUUUUCCUUGGAAUCAAGAAGACGACAAAUGCUCCACCCCAUACAUCUGUGGCUCCUCCCCUCAUCAGCAUAAACCAAUGGGAAACCACUCUAUUGGAACCUUAGUGAUGGUUAAGGAAAUGGCUACUGUUUUUUUCUAAGGAUGUAACGGGAAUAUUUAAGGAACUUGUACUACAUGCCAGAAAGGGCGUUUGAAGGGAACAUUUUAAAUAAACAGACAAAUGAAUGAGCACAGAAUAACAACUGAAGACUUACAAAGGGAAAUAUUUCAUGCAUAAGUGUUUUUUUUGUUGUUGUUUUUUUUUUUUUUUUUGUGCUGUACAGUAGUCUAUUAAGACACAUGGCAACAUCUGCAGGUUGAGCUAUACUGAACUGUUUUUGAUCAAAAGAGCUCAGAGACUGAUGAUUUCAGCUUUUAUUCUGAGACCCUGUGAAAUGAACCGAAUGGAGUAAGCUAAGCAUUGAUGGGUCAUCCAGAAUGGAAGACUGAGACUGAUUUCAGAGUAAUGAUGGAUUUAUGUUUUUUUUUAAUGUGAUAAACCACUGUAUGUGAAAACCAGAUUUAACCAAAUUAAUAAAUAAAAUUUUAUAUUUUGUAAAUAUGUUUUAAAUAUAAGUGAAAUGGAUGGAAGGAUGGAUCGCUAUUCUUAGCUAUGGUGCCAUCUGUGCUAAAAUAGUAACUUUAUGAAUUAUAAUUUCUUUUGUAUUAGGAUCGUAAUAAUCGUAGACAUUGGGGACCACCAUAGGGGGACUCAUCCGCCACAUAUUCAGAUUGGAUGUCAAUUUACAGUAUGUGACGAGGAGGAGGGCGUGGCUGGGCUGUGACGAUGGACACCCGCCACACCCUCCUUGUCACACAGUAUUUGGGUUUUUCAAUGGCCAUUUUUAACCAUUACCCCUAAUACCAAAUAUGUGGUUACAGCCUUGCGAAUACCAACAGUUAUUUGGUGUUACUACCCCUAAAAUACUACAUUAUUUCAACCCUAUAACAGUACGCUUGUAUUUUGAAUUUGCUAACUGACAACAUUUUCGCAUUAUCGCUCAGUUUCGGCAUGCCUUGCAAUAAAUCACAUAUUGCCAUUGGAAAAAAUAUACAGUUACGACUCAUGACCCAUCUCUUGCAAAACAUGCUUUGUGCCAAGAACAAUAUUUUUUUCUGUAAAAAAAUCGACCACUAUGAUUUUUUGCAUAACAAUUGAACCUAUUGAGCUUGACAAGCCCAAUGUGUAAACAGAAUCAAAUACUGAUAAAUACUUUAAGAGAAACUUAACACUAUUUGAACUAUGUGGUCAAACAAAUUAUGUUGUCACUCCUUUAAAUAUGAUGUCAUAAAGAUCAAACCAACUUUUCAAAAGGGAAAUGUCAAAGCAUAACUGGGUUAAACAUGAAGGUACAAAAACUAAUUUUGCAGUUUCUCAUAAAAUACAUAUUUUACAGUUGUGGCCAAAAAUAUUGGCACCCUUGGUAAAUAUGAGCAAAGAAGGCUGUGAAAAAUGUCUUUAUUGUUUAUCCUUUUGAUCUUUAAUUCAAAAUAUUCACAAAAAUCUAAUCUUUAAUUGAAGAAAGGGGGGGAAAAUCUCAUAAUUAAAUAAAUAUUUUUUUCAAAACAUGUUUGCCACAAUUAUUGGCACCCCUAGAAAUUCUUACGAGUAAAAUAUAUCUGAAGUAUAUUCCCAUUCAUAUUUUAUAUUUUUUUAGUACACCUGGGUGACAAGGAACAUGAAAUUGUUCAGCCGUGACUUCCUGUUUCACAUGGAAAUAAAUAUGAGGUAACACACAGGCCAAAUUCUCUUAGUCAUUCAUCACAAUGGGUAUGACCAAAGAAUAAAGUUAUGAUGUGAAGAAAAAGGUUGUUGAGCUUCACAAAAUGGGAAGUGGCUAUAAGAAAACAGCUAAAGCAUUAAGAAUUAAGAAGUGCCAAUCAACUGGAGAUAUUACGAAUCAGCCUGAAAGAGGACAUGUGUCUAUAUAGUUUCCAUGCACGGUGAGGAGGAUGGUUUGAGUGGCCAAAAAUUCUCCAAGGAUCACAGCUGGAGAAUUGCAGGAAUUAGUUGGGUCUUGGGGUCAGAAAGUCUCCAAAACUACAAUCGGACAUCUCCUACUUCACAACAAGUUGUUUGGGAGGGCUCUCAUCCAAAAACAAACUCAAGCAUCUUCAGUUUGCAAGACACUACUAGAACUUCAAAUGGGACCAGGUUCUAUGGUCAGACGAAACAAAAAUAGAGCUUUUUGGCAGUAAACACCAGAGAUGAGUUUGGUGCACACAGAGAGGUAGCUAUAUGGAAAAGUACCUCAUGCCCAUGGUUAAAUAUGGUGGUGGAUCUUUAAUGUUGUGGGGCUGUUUUUAAGCCAGACAUCUUGGACAUCUUGUUCGGAUACAUGGCAUCAUGGACUCUAUCAAACACCAACAGAUAAAAAAAUUAAAACCUUAGCCAGAAAGCUUAAAUGGCCUGUGGUUGGAUAUUCCAGCAGGACAAUGAUCCAAGACACAUAUCGAAAUCAACACAAAAAUAGUUGAUUGACCUAAAAUCAAGGUUCUGCCAUGGCCAUCCCAGUCCCCUGACCUGAACCCCAUAGAAAACCUGUGUGGUUAACUGAAGAGGAGAGUCCACCAACAUGGACCUCUGAAUUUGAAGGAUCUGGAGAGAUUCUGUACGGAGGAAUGGUCUCAGAUCCCUUGCCAGGUGUUCUCCAACCUCAUUAGGCAUUAUAGGAGAAGACUCAGUUAUCUUGGCAACAGGAGGUUGCACAAAGUAUUGAAUAAAAGGGUGCCAACAAUUGUGCCACACAUAUAUUUGACAAAAAUAUUUGUUUUGUGAUAAAACUUGUGUUGUGUUUGGAAUUGUUUGAUAUCUAUUUGAGGGUAGCUUUUUGUGAAUAUUUUGAAUGAAAGACCAAAAUGAUAAACAAUAAGGAUAUAUUUUUCACAGCCUUCUUUUCUCAUAUUUACCAAGGAUGCCAAUAUUUUUGGCCACCACUGUAUAUAUAUUUAAAUUGCAAUAAAAACCAAAUUAUGUUAGAAUUAGAUUUUUUAUACUAUAUAAAUCAUUGAAAUAAAAUGGUGAUGAAAGGGAAAAUGCACAUUGCAAGAUAGUUCCUAGAAAAACAUUUUUAAAAAAGUCAUUUUGCUUUAGACACUGAACAGAGUGAACAGCAAGUCAUUUUAAGGAUACUGUAAUAAUAUAGUAAUUUUGAUUGGAUUCUGAACUUUUCAUUAUCCUGUUAAUCAUAUACUAAGUCAUGUAGACACUCAUCACACAAAUGGCACUGUUUUCUGAGAAUUAAUCAUGAAUGGAUGUUUUGGAAUUGACGAAGGGCAGAAUUUUUAACUCUGGCAUUUUGCUGUGGCUUUUGCCAUCUUUUCUGGAUGACAUUACAUUAUUGACCCUGUACACAAAGCAACUGUUUAAUGUGAGGGUAGUUUAAGACAGUAGGCCCAGGUGUUGACAAUUCUUACAUAAGCACUUAUAACUUGUUUGGUCUUGAACGGUCCUAUACUCACACAGUGUGAGUUAAAAAUAUUGUCACAUUGAGAUAAUUUCAGCAGGCUUGGAAUCUGUACAUGUUUCUCUACUUGAAAAGCAGAAUUUUGUUAUGAGGAACAACUAACAGUAGAACUUGUUAAGUUUGCAUUUUUAGUCAAUGACAAACAUGAUGACAGACAAACAUGUAGAAUCUGAAUCCUUGACCAUGUGCGGUACCGAUGGUAAGUGAGUCCUCUCUUUGUCUUAAACACAGAAACACAUACACACAGUCCUUAAACCCAGACUUUUGCUUUGUUUUAUUCCUCUUUCCCCCUUUUGUCAGUUUGAAGGAGUUAUGCAUGAUCGUCUUAGAUGUGCUGCAUGAGAAACUAAUCACAAGAGAUAAUAAAAUUAUAGAGAUUGUUGGUCCACUAACAGUUACAUUUACUUGCAUGUAUUUCUGUCUCUUUCCUAUGUGCAAUCUCUAAAUUUUUCCUGCUCUUUCUUGAUAUUUAUAUCGCCACUCUCUCCAUUAUUCCCUCUUUCCCUCUGUAGAAGAAAAUGAUGAUCAUGCUUUGCUGUGCAGUUCUGGGGAUUGUUGUCUUUUCUUACCUUUACAGCUUCUUUUCUUAAUGGUUGAAAUGACCCCAAGGCCACCCCGCGUUCUCCUUUGGUUCCAUCUUCAAAAGAGUUUUUUAUUUAUUUUUGUUUGUGUGCUUUAAAGGUGCACUCAGCGAUUCCUGAGAAACACUAACUCAGCUGCCAAAACAAACACUCCCCUCCCUUCAGUGCUCCUUUGGAAGCUCUGCUCCCCAAAUUCAUGCACGCGAGGCGGUUUUACGCACACCAGCUCCAGACACUCACAUCUCUCCUGCUACUAAAUCUAACUUCAAAACAACAGCAUAUAUGGGUUCUGUGAAACAUAGCAAAAUUUAUGUUACUCACCUAUCGAGAAGAAAAAUAGCAACUUCUGCAUCCGUCUUCAAGCCUUUUACCUCUCGGAGGUCUCUCCACCGCUGAAAACCCUCGCCAAUGUUGUCACGGCUCCUAGCCCUUGACUUGUAUGGAUCGGUCUGUUCCACUUUGUUUUUGUCCCAUUUACAGAGCCAGGGCUGUGUACAAAUAUUAGAUUUUUUUUUUCAGCCCACCCACAGAAUAGACAGCUAGCAGACUGUGAGGAGAUAUUUGCAGAAUCUGACAAAAAGUGUAUUGGAUUAGAAUUACUGAGUGCACCUUUAACCAGACAGACCCCCUACACAGACCCUCUUCUACAUGACUGAAUCUGAAGACCAGCACCCCCUACCGCACAACCACAGCUGCACAUCAGCACUUACAGUAAUGGUGUUUAUUUCUCAAGGAUCUCAAAUUCUGGGCAUUUAUUAAAAACAGGAGUGAAGACCCAUGUUUUUAUUAUUAUUAUUAUUAUUAUUAUUAAUUUUUUAUGUCUUUUUCUUCCUUCUGGGAUAGUUUUUCUCUUAGACGUAUUUCUGUACCACUCACUCGUAUUUCUCUAUUGAUAUUACGUAGGCUAUCUAAUAAAAAAUAUUGUUUGGUUGUACACUCAAAAAAAAUAUUUUAGCCUAUUUUUAAGAUUUACGCAUUACAGUUUCAUAACUCAUAUAGUGUAAUUGUGUAAUAGUUAACAACAUUAAAUUUUAAUUGAACUUAAAAUAUUUAGUUUUUUAUUUAAUUUUAUUUUAUUAAAGGUUACUCAAUUCAAUUUGAUGGAAUUUUGUUAUGAAAUUGAAAUGCGUAAUUUUUUUUUAUUAUUUUCGGAUGUAAUGCUGUUUGUAUGAUGUGUAUGUUCUGGUGUUGCUAUUCAUUUGUAAGCAGUGUUUUUAAUUGUAGUAAAUUACAAAUCGUUUCAGAAAGGAUGUUUGCGUAGUGUAGUUUGUGUGGCUUUAUCAGGUUUUCGUGUGUUAUGUAAUGUAUUAAAAUCAGACAUUAAAAUCAGAAAACUUUUCUUUUUUC